AGCUGAGCUUAUUCAUUCCUUUUCACUCUUCUUUCUCUUUCUCUUUCUCUUUCGUUUUCUGUUUUCUCUGUUUUCAAACUGAGGAGAGAGGAAUAAGGGUGAAAAAAACAUGAGAGAGACAAAGAUUAGCAUAAAUUUUUUUAUACGAGUAGCAAAGGGCCAUUUUUUAAUUUUCACCUCACAUAAGCAUAGAAACUCAAAUUUCCGUUAAGAUUUAACCCAACCGCAUGCUCAUCAUCAUCAUCAUUUUUUCCUACUUAAACCAGCCCUUUAAACUCAGAACCCUCCCUCUCAAAUCACAAGCAGCCCGCACCUCAACCGCCAGUGGCCCAACAACGACAUCAACGUCAUUUUGGGUUUUAAUCAAGGAUGGUUGUUCUUUCUCAUUUUAUGCCAUUCUGUUCGGGUUUCAUUCGUCAUUCCACAAAGGCCACACUACCAUUCCAGGGCAAUAGCAGUUAUUGCAAUGGCAUGAAAGUAGUACAAUCUAGAUGGAUUCCUAAAGGAAGAGGCUAUGUUCGAAAAUCCAAAUUGGGGACAACUUGUGCUGUGCGCAUGGCAAGAGGGGAACCUUAUCAGUCUAGCUUUGAGGAUAACUUACUUCACGAACCUUUUCUUUUAACCAUUGUCAAAGAAGCUGUGUGGUGGAUGAGAUCUCUGUUCAUUUUUUUGACUGAGCAGCCUGGUCAGCUGAAGUACAUAGAAUGGCCGAGCUUCCCUAGCACACUGAAGACAGCUACUCUGACUCUUGUUCUGGUAGCAUUGCUAAUUGUAGCACUUUCCUCGGUCGACUCUGCUCUCAGCUAUCUCUUGGCUGUCCUUAUGAGGAGAGCCCCAUAAUCAAAUGUGAGGUUGGCCACAACACUAAGUGCCCUCUUCCUUGUGGAACCAAAAUCCAGCCAUCAAAGAGCAUCGUGGCCACUUAUCCAGCAAGCCUGCAUGAAACGUUGGAAUUUGCAGGAAUAGAAUUAGAGAAGAUAAUUAAUAAUAUGGUAGAAAAUCGACUGAGAGAUCCAAUGAGAAGAGGUAUAACUUUUCUUGGUUUUGUUUGAACUAUUCAAUUAACAUGGCUAUGUUAUACUUGAGAGAAAUUAUAAUAAUAACAUUAUGUAUAGUUUAGAUAUUAGUUUAUGAUGAUAAUAACAUCAUGUAUUGUUUAGAUAUUAUUAUAGGGCUAUAAUUUGGUUACGAUCAAGACAUGAUGUAUUUUGAACCGUGGUAACACUAUUUAUUGAUCUUACUCCCCCACA